AUCUCCUGUGCACAGACCGACCAGAGGAGGAGGAAAAAGAAGAAAAAAAAGGCAGAGCAGUGGAUUUAUCACAAGGGGGAAUGGAUGAAGGAUUUUAACACUUAUGACAGAGACUUCCAUCUUUGACUAACCGCAAAUCAUCAUCUAACUGAAACGGAUCAUCUCACUGCGUCAGCCUGUGCUCCAUCAUCACCUUUUGUGGAUUACUGCUUCUGUGGAAGACAUUAACUUUCACAUCACUAACACCGAUCUGACACCAUGUGUGACGACGAAGAAACAACCGCCCUGGUGUGCGACAACGGCUCCGGCCUGGUGAAGGCUGGGUUCGCAGGCGAUGACGCACCUCGCGCUGUGUUUCCUUCCAUCGUGGGUCGGCCCCGUCACCAGGGCGUCAUGGUUGGCAUGGGCCAGAAGGAUUCCUACGUAGGCGACGAGGCCCAGAGCAAGAGAGGCAUCCUGACCCUGAAAUACCCAAUCGAACACGGCAUCAUCACCAACUGGGACGACAUGGAGAAGAUCUGGCACCACACUUUCUACAAUGAGCUGCGCGUGGCCCCCGAGGAGCACCCCACCCUGCUGACAGAGGCCCCCCUCAACCCAAAGGCCAACAGAGAGAAGAUGACCCAGAUCAUGUUCGAGACCUUCAACGUCCCCGCAAUGUACGUGGCCAUCCAGGCCGUGCUGUCCCUGUACGCUUCCGGACGUACCACAGGUAUCGUCCUGGAUUCCGGUGAUGGUGUAACUCACAACGUGCCCAUCUAUGAGGGUUACGCUCUUCCACACGCCAUCAUGCGUCUGGAUCUGGCCGGUCGCGACCUCACAGAUUACCUCAUGAAGAUCCUGACUGAACGUGGAUACUCUUUUGUCACAACCGCUGAGCGUGAGAUCGUGCGAGACAUCAAGGAGAAGCUGUGCUACGUCGCUCUGGACUUCGAGAACGAGAUGGCCACCGCCGCCUCCUCCUCCUCCCUGGAGAAGAGCUACGAGUUGCCCGACGGCCAGGUCAUCACCAUCGGCAACGAGCGUUUCCGCUGCCCGGAGACCCUCUUCCAGCCCUCGUUCAUCGGCAUGGAAUCUGCCGGCAUCCAUGAAACCACGUACAACAGCAUCAUGAAGUGCGACAUCGACAUCCGCAAGGACCUCUACGCCAACAACGUCAUGUCCGGUGGCACCACCAUGUACCCAGGUAUCGCUGACCGCAUGCAGAAGGAGAUCACCGCCCUGGCCCCCAGCACCAUGAAGAUUAAGAUCAUCGCCCCCCCCGAGAGGAAGUACUCCGUGUGGAUCGGCGGCUCCAUCCUCGCCUCCCUCUCCACCUUCCAGCAGAUGUGGAUCAGCAAGCAGGAGUAUGAUGAGGCCGGACCCUCCAUCGUCCACAGAAAGUGCUUCUAAGCACCAGGCUGACCCCCUCCCGCCCCUCCCUCAUCAUCCCGAGUCCUCCGCCCCCUCGCCCUCUGUCUCCCUUCUGUGCCAAGCCCAAUUCAUAGCUCCAAAGCAGGAAUUCGUAUGUUGUCGUAAAAUUCUUUGUUUACACUUAAGUGCAAUUUAUAUGUGGAUAUGUAUAGCUUUAUAAAUAAAACGAGAAUCUGGACUUUCAAAA